AUGUCGGAUGAGAGGAUUGUGAAGAAAGCCGUCCUCGGAUCCUGGGACAUGGAGAGGACACGCAGUGGGAACUCGCGAGGCAACACCAUCCAGUACUGGCGCAGACUGCUGAAAGAAGCGGGACAUGAAGACGACAACAGCGAGAACCUCACCAAUGACCGGAAACGAUGGAAGAAGACCGUUACAGAUCGCAGGACGUUCCUCAAAAACUGGGAGACGCAAAUGUGCAACUGGCACAGAGGAUCGGAAAAACCGGCCCGCUCACAAUGGAAUCGAGAGAGAAUAAGUGACAGCGGUUGGCCUUGCCGCUGGGACGGAUGCGACAAGAAGUGCGCAUCAAAAGGAGGACGGACGAAUCACGAGAGAAAAGCACACAGAAGGGAGUCAGUGGACUACAAGUGUCCAAAGUGCAACGACAGUUUUUCGGACCAGGCUGCUCUGACGAACCACUUCAAGGCGUGCCAAGGAGGUCAGGGUGGGUUCUGUCCGAAGUGUCAGAAGUCCCUGUCGUUGAGCAACAUGGCAAGACACCGGAGGACCUGUCGAGGAGAGCACCCGACAGCCCCAGAAGUAACCAACACCAUUAUCACAGGACGAUUCGCCGGAACGAGAGCCAGAAUCCAAUGCGAAGAAUGCGGUACUUGGGUGACAAAAAACAACAUUUCAAGACACAGGAUCACAUGUCCUGGAAACUGGGAAUCAAGGCCCCCUCACGGGGCGUAA